AUGCAUAGAAAUUCUACGAUCGUAUUAUUAACAAAUGCAGCUGAUAAAGAUGAUGGAGGAACUAUAGCUACUGAUGAUGUCGGCGGGUUCAAGGGUGUAUUUGAUGGGAUUGCUGAUGAUGAAGACGAAGAUCCAAAACAAAAUUUCAGAAAUGAUUUAUGUCCAGUUACUACUGUCCCGGAUGAUCCUGAAAAGCAAUUGUAUCUCUCUGUGACGAAAUGGAUCUUAAACAUGAAGAACAGCUCUGCCUCAGAAUCUGAUAUUGACAUGUUCGUUAAAGAUUCCUUAAAUGUGAUGGCAAAUCUAUCAGCUUUGAAGAGAAAUCAUUUACCAAUACUUAAGUCAAGCACACAUUCUACUUAUUCGGGACAGAAAUUUCUAGAAGAAGCUAUUACUGUUAUUAAACCAAAAGGGGUUGUCUUAGGAAAGAAGCAAAUAAUGAAAUUCAGCAGAAGUAAAGGUCACAAUGUGCCGGAAUGGAAACGUACCUAUUAUGUAGUCUUUACUGAAAGCUUGAAACAAUUAUUAUCCAUGCCUGAAUUAGUUGAUAUAUUGAAUAAACAACCAACAAUAGCACAAUCUACUACUGCUCAAAGUUUAAAACAAUUAAAAACUGAUUAUCAUGAUAGUGAAUCCUGUCAUAACCAUUCGCUCUUCAGCGCACAUCAGUCAAUUAAAAUAAUCUUAUAUUAUGAUGAAAUAGGGAUCAAUAAUCCCCUUGGAACAAGAAAACGAAGUAUGGGAAUGUUUUAUUAUACGCUGGCAAAUAAUUCUCGAUAUUUGCGUUCUCAAGACAGAUGUAUUCACUUGUUAGCAUGCGCCGAUAAAUGUGAUAUUGUAGAAUUUGGGUUGGGCGAUUUAUUACGUGAUUUUAUUGAUUCUGUUAAUAAUUUACAACGAGAUGGAAACGAUAUUAAUGUGAAACAUCCUCAAAAUAAUAAUAGUUCCUAUUUCACAACAAUACCAACAACAAUGAAUUUAAAAGGCUCUCUUCUUGUUAUUGUUGGCGAUCUGUUAGCAUUAGCCGGAAUACACGGCUUCAAAUGUAGUUUUAGGCACGCUUUGCUUCCAUGUUUUUUAUGCAACACAACAAAGGAUAAAUUUAAUACAAUUUCCAAUAUUAAUGAAUGUAACCAUCGUACAAUGGAUGAAUAUUUGGAUGAAUGA